AUGCUUCCGGCUCCAGCGCUAUUGGCACCUGACUUUCCAACCGCCACAGCAACUAAACCUUCAAAAUUUCAGACUCCCAAUCCGCCUCUUCUCCUGAUUCUCCUCCUCGCUCUUCUUCCGACUCUUCUCAACCAUCCAUCCGCAACGUUCACUCCGCCUCUUUCCCAGAACACUCCGACUACUUUAGCAAUUCAAACAUCCGUACGAUCAGAAAUGGUAACCAACGACGCUCUCAACGACUACGUGGAACACGCCUCUAUCAUUGCCCACAUCACCAAUGGUAUUGCCCUUCAACAUGGAUUGAUGAAUGGAUCGAUUCCAGUGAACGACGUGAUCGGCGAGCUCCUCAAUCUGGGAUCUGUCGACGUGCCUACUCUUGCAAACUUCAAGAAGGACGGAAUCAAUUCGCUGUCUGAGAAACUAAAAGACAUCAAGUCAAAACUAACCACCGAUGUGACUGCUGUUGAAGAUCAAACUUUGGCAUGGAAUGACCUUAUUGCCAAAUCGAUGACUGUGAAAUCUUUGAACGCUAGUGCCGACAAAUUCUUUGGAGACGUUGAAAAGUUCAGUAAGAACUUCAAUUUCACUUCGUUGUCAUCCUUCACAGGUUCAUUGAAUUCAGCGUAUGAAGAAUUGGAAGCGAUCUCUAAUUAUUCAUAUCUCACAAAUCCUGAUGAACUGGAUUUGGCUUAUCGAAGAUUCGGGUAUUUUAAUAGUUCAGUUGUUGAUGCAAUAACCCAAGUCGAAACAUUCAACGCUGCAGUUCUUGCGUUGAAACAAUAUCCGUCACUGAAGGAUGCCCCGACUAUUUUUGAGCCCGUUGAAACAGUUCUUAAUCUAACAAAGACUCGACUCAACCUUCCACUUGAUCGCGACAUCGAAAUAAUGAAUGCUACGAGAGCUAAUCUGCAGCAAUUUAUCGAUGCUAUUGUAGAUGCAAAAUCUUCCUUCGAAUAUACUUCAACUCUCCAGAAGGUGGCAACUAGAAUCUCAAAUUCAGUAUCGGGCAAGACAUAUUUUACCCAUGGUUUCCCUAAUGGUUUUGCUGAUAUGGGAAGUUUGAUGAAGAAAGAUGUUCAGAAUCUAUGGAUUGGGAAGAUUACGAACACUGAGGGAUCAAGUAUGUAUAACCUAGAUAAUGGUUUACAGCCGCUAUUCGCCGUUAACAGACAACUUGCACCACUGGAAGAAAAAUUGGUUUCAAUUUGUUCAGUCUCAGUCAUUGACGCCAUGGAAAGUUGGAGUCAACUUCAUACUGAAAUCUCUGGUCUGAAUUCUGAUUCCGCAGGAAAACUUGUAAAACUAAAUUCUGAAAUACUUAAUUGUCGGUAUGAUUAUGCAAAAAAUCCCACCGAUCAUUACUUCAAGAAAGUGGAAGAUCUCGUUGUGCAAGCCAACAACCUUGCAUCUGUUGCAAAACUGAACCCAGUGGAAAGCGAUAAGCUAAAGAAUGAAUUCAAUGCCUUCAUGGAAUCACUGACCUUCACGAAUUAUCAUGAUAUAAAAACUUCUAUUCCGGAGGUCAAUGCAGUUAUUGAAAAGUCGAAAUCGACUGGUAGUCUAAAUAAAAUCACAAACACUCUGAAUACGUUAAAAAAGAUGUUCGAUGACAUACCUACCAAUGAAUUGAAGGAAGCAGCUAAUGCAAUCGCGAACAGUAAAGACAAACGGAAUAUAUUUUUUCUUGUGGACGAGAUGACCUUUCACUCAUGUCUCCAAAAGCUAAAAGAUAAAUCAGCCAUGAUUACUCAGACUAUUCAAACGAUGAGAAAAGUGAGAAAAGUGGAUACGGAGAAGUUGGCCAAAGUUCAGUCGGCUGCAACAACACUUUCUGAAGUUGCUGGUGAACUAUCAGGUGUUGGCUCCAUUCGUGAUACAAUGAAUAAGGAUGUGACUGAAGCGACGACAAAUGUCAACAAACUUCCGGAUUCUUUGACCAAAUCCAAAGUCAUCGGACAGUCUGUCAAUUCUCUACGUAGUGCAUUUGUGUUGGGAGAUUUGAAGGCGCAAGUUGAACAGCUCAAGACCAUCGAUACUUAUGUUCAGGAUUGGAUCAAGAAUAUUCCAAUCUUGGAAUACGAGAAGACCAUAAAGGGACUCUGGGGAAACCACGACAAGGAUAUGGCUGAAUUGGAUAAGACACUUGGCCAGAUUGAUUCCUUCGAAAAGAAUCUCAACGUCUCCAAUCUGACGACAAUCGGUGCUUACGGAACUCCACUGACCGCCUUGGCUUCAUUGACUUCAGUCGAUAUCAAAGCAAAGGAGAAGUCGAAAGCUCUCGAUGCUCUUCUCAACGACGGAGCUCUCAAAAUAGAUCCAACAGUGAAGAAAAACAUUGAGGAGAGUAAGAAGACGUUGGAUCAACUCGCCGAUCUGGAUCUUGAAUUUGCAAGUCACAUUGCUCAAUUCCAGAGUGCUCCAUCUGUAUUCAGUGAUCUCCAGAACUUCCUCACCAAUCUUCUGAGUCCGAAACAACCGACUGUUCUAGCCUCAAGAACACAGAAGGAUCCUGGUCAGCCGACUCAAAAGUCAGAAGACUCGAAAAGUGAUAAUGUAUGGAUUAUCGUGGGUUGUGUGAUUGCUGUGAUCGCCUUGAUCGCUUCCGGAGUUUUCAUUUGUUGGAAAAAACAAUGGUUUUGUUUCAAGACUACUGUAGUUCCAUGUGAAUGCCUGGAUAUGGACAAGAACGAUGAGAAAGAGCCUCUAGAUCCGAACAUAUUGCACGUGGUAGCUCAUAGUCAAACGUUCGGAAGACACGCUGCUCUUUACGCCACUUGGAAACGACAGAUGGACUGCGUUUCUAAUUCGAAUACUUCUGAAGAUCGUGCUGCACCAUAUAUGCGCCUUUCACCUAGAAAGUAUAGAGAUAUAAAUAUCCAUCUGAAUCCGACGAAUGCUAUACAAACGGUCCGAGUGCAUGGAAAUCGCUUCAGAACAAGAAAGGGAACGAUUUUUAAUGUGACUCAGAGUCCGAUGAGUGCAACAGACACCAAUGAUGACACAACAGGGGACUUCCUUCGUCUGAUUAUUGAAGAUCAAACGGAUUUCGUUGUAAUGUGCGAGAAUAUGGUAGCUUGCGCCCCGUACUUCAGUCUCUAUCUCGGUUCGAUCGAAGUUUCUGGGUAUAAAGUGUAUACCGAAAGUAUCCGUUAUCUAGUCCAGAACUCGGAAGAAGUUCUUGUCAGAACCAUCAGAAUCGUCGACAAGAGAAACAAAAACAUCUCAAAAACGGUUACACAUUAUCACAUAUUGAAUUGGGAUAAAUUUGGCAUUCCAUCGUGUAGUUUUGAAAUGAUGGCCAUGAUUCAUAAAGAAAUUGGCGGAAGUCAAGCGCCCGUCUUGGUUCACUGCUCGAAUGGAAUCGGACCCGCAAUGAUGUUCACAGGAAUCGACUACGUCUCAAGAUGGAUGGAAAUUGACGAGUCGAUGACUUUUGAAGAGUCAUUCAAACGAUUAGCCGAGAAAAGACAUCAUUCGGUUCAAAAUGUGAGACAAAUCGGAUGGAUACAUGUUGGAGCCGUUUAUAUGCUGUCAGUUAAUAAUGAGGUGGAUUUAUUCGGAUACAACGACAUCAAGGGAAUCUUCAAUGAUAUGAUCCAAAAACGUGUAGGAGUUCCGAGAGAUGCUCAGAUUUAA